AUGGCUGAAGCAGUAUUUAAGGAUAUAAUUAAACAAAAAGAGUUAGAGUCUCGUUUCAAUAUUGAUAGUGCGGGUACUGGAAAUUAUCAUGUUGGCGAAACACCUGAUCAUCGUUCGAUUCAAACAUGUAAGCAGCAUGGAGUUUCCGUAGAUCAUUAUGCAAGGCAGGUUGUAAAGCAAGAUUUUAAAGAAUUUGAUUAUAUACUUUGCAUGGAUAAUUCUAAUCUCGCUAGCUUACAAAUCAAAUUAUUUGGCGAAUAUGACCCGCAAGGGGAAAUUUUAAUUCAAGAUCCGUAUUAUGGAGGAAUCAAUGGGUUUGAAAAGAAUUUUCAACAAGUAACCAGAUGUUCAGAAUCUUUUAUAGAAAGUUUGAACUUGAAAUAG